GAUCUCCGAGUGAGAUUUAGUGAAAAACGUCCAGCGACGCUGAAGUAGUUGAUGGCACGAGAGUGGGUUAGUUAGCAUUCUACCCUGGACAGCGACAGAUUGUUGCGCAUGCGCACCCUAUUCAGCGUGCAUCAAUACKGUGUGUGAGUUCAAGAGAGGAAUUCGAGAYAGCCUUUGAUAUGGUCGCAGACAUGGAUGGAGAAAAGCGGAAAAGAAGUAUCUGCUCACGGCAAGAGCCAGCAGCUGCACUGAAGAUCUUGAAAGAUGGGAACAACAAGCGUGACGAAAUCCCUGAUAGAGUGACUCUGAAAAAAGAAAUAGGACUUUUAAGCGCCUGUACAAUAAUCAUAGGGAACAUAAUUGGUUCUGGAAUCUUCAUCUCUCCUAAGGGGGUUCUAGAGCACUCGGGUUCAGUGGGUCUAGCACUGAUUGUGUGGGUACUAGGGGGCUGCAUAGCUGCCCUYGGUUCCCUCUGCUAUGCUGAGCUGGGGGUCACCAUUCCCAAGUCAGGAGGAGACUACUCCUACGUCACAGAAAUAUUCGGAGGCCUUGUUGGGUUUCUCCUCCUGUGGAGUGCGGUGCUCAUCAUGUACCCCACUACCCUGGCUGUCAUCGCCCUCACCUUCUCUAACUAUGUCCUUCAGCCUGUAUUCCCCGACUGUGUCCCUCCCUACAUGGCUACACGCCUGCUGUCAACAGUCUGUCUCUUGUUCCUGACCUGGGUGAACUGCUCUAGUGUGCGUCUGGCCACCAGGAUCCAGGAUGUUUUCACGGUGGGGAAGCUGGCAGCCCUGGGUCUCAUCAUAGUGGUCGGCCUGGUGCAGAUCUGCAAGGGUAACUACGAGGGACUGACGCCUCAGGUGGCUUUUGAGUUCAGCAGGACGCCCUCAGUUGGGCAGAUCGCUCUGGCUUUCCUCCAGGCCUCUUUCGCCUUCAGUGGAUGGAACUUCCUGAACUAUGUCACAGAGGAAGUGGUUGAACCGCGACGGAACCUACCUCGUGCCAUUUACAUCUCAAUCCCAUUGGUGACCUUUGUGUACACGCUCACCAACAUCGCCUACUUCUCCGCCAUGUCACCCGAGGAGCUGCUCUCAUCCAACGCUGUGGCCGUCACAUUUGGAGAGAAGCUCCUGGGGAUGUUCUCUGUCAUUAUGCCCAUCUCUGUGGCCUUGUCCACGUUCGGAGGCAUCAACGGCUACCUCUUCACCUCCUCAAGAUUGUGUUUCUCUGGGGCCAGAGAGGGACAUCUACCCAGCUUGCUGGCCAUGAUCCACUUUAAGAACUGCACCCCCAUCCCAGCUCUCCUCUGCUGUUGUACUGCCACCAUUGUAAUCCUGUGUAUAGGAGAGACACACAACCUGAUCAACUAUGUGUCCUUCAUCAACUACCUCUCCUAUGGAGUCACCAUCGCAGGCCUGCUCUARUAUCGAUGGAAGAAGCCCAAACUUUACAGACCAAUUAAGGUCAACCUCCUUGUCCCUGUCACCUACCUGAUGUUCUGGGCCCUGUUGCUGGGCUUCAGUCUGUACUCUGAGCCAGUGGUGUGUGGUGUUGGGCUGGUCAUCAUGCUCACUGGUGUACCAGUUUACUUCCUGGGGGUGCACUGGAAAUCCAAGCCAAAGUGUAUCUAUGACUUCAUCGAGUCAGCGACCUACGUGGCACAGAGGCUGUGUUUCGUMGUCUUCCCCCAGUUCGACCCCAUCGAGAUCAGUCCGAUCGAAGAAUGGCCUGACAAAUCUUCCAACAUUCUCUCUGGGAAGUCUUAAACUGUUUUUGCCUUCUGAAGUAUUUUUCUUUUUGUAUAUUCUGUCACUGUAUGAUGACAUGGUCCGUUCCUUUUAGUGGAGCCCCUUGUCUGGUCUUUGGUCACCUGAGACUCAUAUCCUAUUCUUUACUGCUAAGUGGAAUUGCCUGCGUUUUGAUGCAUGGGCCACUUGCAAAUGUUUUUCUCCUCUUUUUCUACUAAGUCGUCAAGUACAAGCUAAUGCCAACAGUAUCACGUUCUGAAACAGACUUCAUAUUCCCUAAGGAACUAUUUGCGACUUUUCUSUAACUUUUCAACAUUGGCAGUAUUUUGGUUUUGACCUGAGAUUUACUGUGUAUCACUGUGCCUUAUAGGGAGAAAUGUGUUCCUUAUUAAUUAAUGUUCUCUCUUAAUGUAUUUUGGAACGCUUAACGCUUUGUGUGUUCCUUAUGAGAAUUAGAAAAAGCACUGUGGUCUUCCAUAUUCUMRUUCUUGCCAGUUAAUUUGCCACAUGAAAUGGGUUCCUCGGAUUUGUGAACAUAUUCAGAACCAUCUGUGAACAUAGACUUCAGAGCCUUUGACUUGAUUCCUUUGGAAAUUAAUCUCUUUAGCCAGCAGCAGAAAACAAGAUAGAUUUGUUCUGAUUGUAUACUACUGAUGAUAGAUAGGUUGUAGUUGAUAGUUGAGGGUCACUGUGUUUUUACUUAGUUUAAUGCUUGCCAUUGCCUUUUACACUACUGAUUCUAUGUCAUGCUAUAAAUACAUACAACUGUAAUGUUCACAGCUGACUAAAUGACCCAAACUCAAAUUUAUCCGUGGAAGUAAAACUCCUCACAAAAUGCUUGCUGCACUUUUCUAAUGUUUGUUUCUAAACUAAGAUUGUAAUAUCAAGUUAACUUAUUUUAUGUUUUAUUUCUACCACACUUAAAACUAAACAUCCUUACAUGUGCUGGGAACCUGACAYAAACAUACAAAAGGCAUUUGCUUUUCCAGUGGAGUACUGUACUGCCAUUGAAUUUCUCAGCCCCAAACAGAGUUCUGUAACAACUAUUUGUUCUUCAUUAUGGCCAGGCCCUUGACUGUUACUGUAAAACAAAACUUGGGAUUUGUUGUAUUUCUUUUUAAARAGAUUUGA